GCGCGUCAGUGGUCCGUGGCGUGAGGAAAAUCGGCGGCGAUGCCGAUGUACAAGGUGAGGCCCUUUCAGGACGGCUCCGGCCCGGCGGUUCUGGCCGAGCACCUCCCCGCCUGCAUGUACCGCGUGCGAUGCGCCCACCGCCCGCCCGAGGCCGACGGGGCCUCCGGCCUUGCCUCCUCGCCGCCGCCUCAGCAGGAUGAAGCUGGCCUGUCACUCCAGGCGCUUGAAUUCCGCCAGGAAGAGAUCUUGAAACGUUUGUAUGAAUUGAAAGCUGCUGUGGAUGGCCUCUCAAAAAUGAUCCAGACACCAGAUGCGGACUUCGAUGCCACUAACAUAAUUCAAACAGAUGACCAUGUUUCUCUAACUGUCAGCUCUGCAGAACUCGAUAGUCUACUUGGGAAGGAUUACGGUGCGCUGAAGGACAUCGUGAUCAAUGCGAACCCCUCCUUCCCUCCGCUGUCGUUGUUAAUACUCCACAGUAUGAUGUGUGAGAAGUACAAGAUACUUUCAACUGUUCAUACGCAUUCAUCUGUGAAAAACGUGCCAGAAAAACUGCUCAAAUGCUUUGGUGAGCAGACAAGGAAACAAUCGCGCCACGAAUACCAGUUGGGCGUUACUUUAAUUUGGAAAGAUGUGCCAAAACCCCAGAUGAAGUUCAACAUUCAAACCAUGUGCCCCAUCGAAGGCGAAGGGAACAUUGCUAGGUUCUUAUUCUCCUUGCUCGGCACCCAGCAUAACACAAUCACAGCCACGUUGAUAGACAGCUGGGUCGACACCGCCCUCUUCCAACUCCAAGGAGGGAGCAAUAAAGAAAAGGCAGCAGUUCUGCGGGGCAUGAAUGCGACCCUCGGCAAGACCUCCUGGUUGGUGGGCAACGAAUUGACGGUAGCAGACAUUGUGACCUGGUGCGCCCUUCAGCAGACGGGGGGCACGGAGGCCGUCCCAGCCAAUGUGCAGAAAUGGCUCCGGUCUUGUGAGAAUCUGGCACCUUUUAAUGCUGCUCUCAAGCUACUGAAGUAGCGUUCUCUCCCGCGGACAGGCAAGCAGAUUCAACUUUUUCGACAUCUCUGGUUGUGAAAUCUGGGGUGAUGUUUGGAUAAAUCAGAUUUGAGAAAUAACCAAAGCUGUAAUGCCAAUAAAGUUCAUCAGAAUUGUC